CUCUUUAUCAUAAUUUAUAUAGCAGCAUUAUCAAUUGUUCAGUAGAAGAUGGCUAGUUCAAUCAUUACAAUUCUAAGUAUAGUUUUCUUCCUUAUCCUCAUUUCUCAAGGUUAUAGCCAAUGUUCAUUGAAAGAUAUUUCAGUAACCCAGUAUGAGACAGGAGUAGUGGAGAAUAAGCCAGAAUGGACCGUAUAUAUCUCCAACAAAUGUCAUUGUACUCAAAAGAAUGUCAAGUUAAAUUGCACUGGUUUUCAAACCAGUCUAGGCAUAACCCCUUCAGUUUUAAGGGUCUCCGAUAACGAAUGCAUUCUCAAUGAUGGCGAACCUAUCGACAAAAACCUCCAUAUAGUCUUCUUCUACGUUUGGGAUAAGUCAUUUCCACUAAAUCCAAUUUCAUCAGAGAUUAUUUGUUCUUAAAUAGCCAAUGUACCUUUUAUAAUAGCCAAGAAUAAAAUUGAGUUUAAAGGAUACACGCUUUCCCUUUCGGUGUAAACCAAUUUUACACUUACGUUCAAUGAUGAUCCAUUAUUUUUGACAUGUAAUCCCACUCAUAUAAACGGUAUGAAAGACAAAUUAGAGAGUUUUUAUUGGUUGUCAUGUAAAAGAUACUUACACUAAAAUCGCAUCUACCUUAACUCAA